AUGCUCGGUCUACAGUUCGCACAGAGUCCAUACGUUCGUCAGUGUUCGAUAGAGGCAUGGCUACCAGAGUACCUUCAAGUUGGCAAUGUUGGGAAGUUCAAAGAAGCGGAGUGUGAUUGUGAAAGAUUCCAUGCUCACUCGAGGUACGCCUCGCCGCCACCGUCAGAUGGGGAAACUCAGUUUUGGAUCCAUACUCAAAAUACUGGAUGUGAAAAACAGAUUCACUCACGAAUUUCCACGGACUCACAGUACUUGGGAGCAGCGUCGAUGGGUGUGGUCCUUGUUGAGAUUAUCGCAAGCUUUCUGGCAGGAUAUCGAGCGUACAACUUUGCACAUCCGGACGAUGACCAAUAG